CCCGGAAGCGGGGCGCCCACCACUAUGGCUCUUCGUGGCGUUGUUGGCGUUUUCCUCCUUGCUGCUCUCCCCCUCUUGUGUUUGGAGCUCCGGCGUGGGAUCCCAGAUCUGGGAAUCAAAGAUCUAAUUUUGCUGUGUGGCCGGAUUUUCUUACUGCUUACUCUCCUUACAUUAAUUAUUUCUGUGACUACCUCAUGGGUUAACUCGUUUAAAUCUUCCCAAGUUUAUCUGAAAGAAGAAGAAGAGAAGAAUGAGAAAAGGCAAAAACUUGUGAGGAAAAAACAGCAAGAAGCACAGGGUGAAAAGGCCAGCAGAUACAUAGAGAAUGUUCUAAAACCACACCAGGAAAUGAAAUUGAAAAAGCUGGAAGAACGCUUUUAUCACAUGACGGGUGAAACCUGGAAGUUAAGCAAUGGUCAUAAACUUGGGGGUGGUGAAGAUUUGGUGCUUGAAAGUGAGAGUCAGACAUUUUCUGAAACAUCAAACAGAGAAGCAGCAAAGAGAUGGAACUUGCCUAAGCCUGUAACCAAAGUUUCACCACCCACUGAACAGCCCACGCAGAAGGAGGUUCUUGAUUUACCUGAGGAACCUCCUGAAAUAGCUGAAGAAGUCGUGACUGUUGCUCUUCGAUGUCCGAGUGGGCGUGUCCUGAGGAGAAGGUUUUUUAAGUCUUGCAGUUCACAGGUCUUGUUUGACUGGAUGGUGAAAAUUGGGUACCACACAUCCCUAUACAGCCUUUCCACUUCCUUUCCCAGAAGGGCUCUGGAAGUGGAGAGAGGCUGGUCACUGCAGGACAUAGGAAUAACUGUGGAUACUGUACUCAACGUGGAAGAGAAAGAACAGAGCAGCUAGUUAAGAAAUGCGAACUACCUGUUCUACAUUAAAUCAGUUAUGCCAUGACCUUACAGGACAGUAAAGGAUUCACAUUAAAAUCAUGCCAUACCUUGACUGCACUCAAGGCAGUAAACACUUUAAUGUUGAUCUCCAUGGAAAUAUAUGGACAUAAAGGAUUAGAAAAGGAUUGCUCUCUGCAUAUAAUAAUUUUUGGGGUGUGCCAUCUUACAGUGUACCAAAUGAGAACGAGAUAGAAAUGUAUACAGUACGGUGCUCAUUAAUUUGUAUCUUUGCCAGCUGAUGCCAUUUAUCAGUUUCUGCCUCUUCAGUUUGUUUUGUCACAUUGAACAUUUCACAGUUCAGCCAAGCUCUUUAAAGUCUUAUCAGCAGGAAUGUUUUUUCUGCUGUAAUUCUAGAAAUUAAACUUUGAAGACGUGUCAAAGCUCUUUUAAGGCUUUAAAGUUCUUUUUGAUAGUAAACAUUGUGUGUACUAAUGUUAA